CAGAGCUCCCCGAGGAGGGUCCUGCAGGAGAGGAGGCGGCGCUGGGGCUGGGGAUGCUCUCGCUACCUCUGUGACUGGAGCGUGCUGGAACCACACCAUGGAUGGGGGCAAGCAGCUAAAGGUCACCCUUGUUUUCAGCCUGCCGCUCGUUUUUCAGUUCUGUGCUGGGGACAAUGUCACUGAUGACUACGACUCCAACAGCACCAUUGACUACAGCAUGUUUGAGUCCCUGUGUGAGAAGAAGGAGGUCCGUAACUUCCGUGCUGCCUUCCUCCCGGCCAUGUACAGCCUCAUCUGCUUCCUGGGGCUGCUGGGGAACGGCCUGGUCAUGCUCACCUACAUCUACUUCAAGAGGCUGAAGACCAUGACAGACAUCUACUUGCUGAAUCUGGCUCUGGCAGACAUCCUCUUCCUGCUGACCCUUCCCUUCUGGGCCACGAGCGCGGUCACGCACUGGCUUUUUGGGAGCUUUGCCUGCAAAGCCGUCUACUGCAUCUGCAAAAUGAGUUUCUUCAGCGGGAUGCUGCUCCUCCUGUCCAUCAGCAUCGACAGGUACUUCGCCAUCGUCCAGGCUGCCUCGGCCCAUCGCCUGCGUCCUCGCAUGAUAUUCAUCAGCAAGGUGACCUGCAUCCUCAUCUGGCUCCUGGCCUUCAUCCUCUCCAUCCCUGAGCUGGUUCACAGUGGUGUCAACUACUCAGAGAGCAAUCCCCGUUGUUCCAUCAUUGCUAAUGACUUGCAGACCUUCAACACUGGCAUCAAAGUGUCCCAAAUGGUGUUUGGCUUCUUAAUUCCCCUCCUGGUCAUGUCUUUCUGCUACCUCAUCAUCAUCAAAACGUUGCUCCAGGCCCGCAACUUUGAGAAGAACAAAGCCAUCAAGGUCAUCAUCGCUGUGGUCAUCGUCUUCGUCGUCUUCCAGCUGCCCUACAACGGCGUCAUGCUGGCCAAGACCAUCUCAGCUUUCAACCAGACCAGCUCGUGUGAGGAGAGCAAGAAGCUGGACGUGGCGGAUGACGUGACCUACACCCUGGCCUGCUUCCGAUGCUGCCUCAACCCGUUCCUCUACGCCUUCAUCGGCGUCAAAUUCCGCACCGACCUCUUCAAGCUGCUGAAGGAGCUGGGCUGCCUGAGCCAGGAGCGCCUCUGGCAGCUCACCUCCUGCCGCGACAACAAGAGGUCCUCCUUCGCCAUGGAGACAGAGACAACCACCACCUUCUCCCCGUGAGCUCUUGGUCGAGCUGAAAUGGCUUUAGACAUUUUCUCUAGUCUGAACUCCUGGCAGAACAAGACCUGCCACACUGCAGAGAAGUCAAGGGGAAAAUCCAGAAGCCUCCCCUGUUACAAGCAGUGAGGACUGCUGGCCAAUAUCCCACGGGUGGACAGGCUUUACAACGGAGUUGUCACUAACAGCAAAGCAAGGGAGAGGUGGUGAGUCUACAAUUUCUCCUGUCAUUUCACCUUCAGUUUAGAACUUUCCCUGUCAAAAUGAGAAAUGCUCAGAAUAGAACAUUUACCCUAAAAGCGACAAGCACCAAGAGAAAACAGACGUUGGUGCAGCAGGACUGUUGUUUGGAGCUGAGCUGCCAGGAGCAUCACCCUUGCUUUGGAUGUUGCUUUUAACAAGACAACAGCUCUGCAAUCACAUGGAAAUGCCCUUGCACUGAGCCAGUCCGAGGCCAACCCUCACCCGCAGGCUUGAUCCAACACACAAGCCCAGCAGUGGAGUAUCUGAGCACACAACUGCUCUGCCUUCCCCCAUGAAAAGUGAGAGAUGACCGCAGCUAAUGCUAAAUCCAUACAAACCCUAGCCAUAAUUUCAAUUACUUUGUAUAAUAUUGUAGCCACUCGUAGCUCUGUCAGGAAAAGUACAAAUUCCACUUCUGCCUGUAUGCUGUUUCUGGGCUAUCACCUGCUGACCUUGAGAUAAAAAUGAAUGUGGGUUUUCUCCUCCCUUCCCCAUCCUUCUACAGGACUUCAGCUGCCUUUGAAGUCAGAUCUGUACUUCACUCAUAAGCUACUGGGGCGUGUUUUGCAUCGGUGCUGUCGGCACCAACACAGACACGGCUGACUGAGGUUUGAUCUGAAGGCAGCCCCACCACUGCCAGGGCCACAGCAGCUGAACAGAGAUUAUUGUCCUGCAAAGUCAGACCUCAGAGGAGCCCAGACUGUAAUUCCAGUUGGCGCUUUUACAGGAAGAGCGAAGAUUCCUGAUGACAGAUGAACGCUCUGGGAAGCGCUGUGGUGGGACAGGGGAACGUCAGCAC